UUAUGCAGGGGACAGUAUGAUAUGUGGAAAGCAGAAUGUCAAAGGAUGGUUCCAAUGAUUGGUAGCGGAAAAUUUAUUACAACACCCCUCAUCGAUGAGGAUGGCUACCCAAUAGAUAAAUCUUUGAUAGGUGUCCAACCUUCAAAUAAGAAAGUUUUGCAGUGGAUGCAAGUGUUACAUCAGAUUGGCCUGGAUGUUAAUCGAACUGAUCGAGCACUUGUCUUUUAUGAGAGUGAAGCUAAUCAAGCAAAACUUUGGGAUGUUCUAUCAGUUUAUGCGUGGUUGGAUGAUGAUAUUGGUUAUGUGCAAGGAAUGAAUGAUAUAUGCUCACCUUUGAUUAUUCUCAUCGAGAACGAAGCAGAUAGCUAUUGGUGCUUUGAUCGUGCAAUGCGAAGGAUGAGAGAGAACUUCAGGACCAGUGCAAGUUCAAUGGGGGUGCAAUCUCAGUUGGCUACGCUCUCACAGAUAAUGAAAACAGUUGAUCCUAAACUUCACGAACACCUUGAGGAUUUAGAUGGUGGAGAGUAUCUAUUUGCAUUUCGCAUGCUGAUGGUUCUUUUUCGAAGAGAAUUUUCUUUCGCAGAUACUUUGUAUCUUUGGGAGUUGAUAUGGGGAAUGGAAUACAAUCCAAACAUCUUUGCAAAAUACGAAGAGCCAGAACGAGCUAAAGCAAAUGCCUCUCCACAAACACUAAGUGACAAGAUUUUGAAGCAAUAUGGAAAAUUUGAGAGAAAAAAUGUGAAGACGGGCAAUGCAGAAGAAAGUAGUGCACUAGCUGUUUUCGUUGUUGCAAGUGUGCUAGAAAUCAAGCAUAGGCGGAUUUUGAACGAGGCCAAGGGCGUCGAUGACGUUGUCCAGAUCUUGGGUGAUAUUACUUCGAAUCUUGAUGCUAAAAAAGCAUGUGAGGAGGCAUUGAAAAUUCAGAAGAAGUACCUGAACAAGGCCCAGGGCAAGAAGUGACAGAGCCAUAGAGGCAGUAGUACAUUUUCUCUAACUAUUUGAUUGGCAGCUGUGGUUAACAUGAUCUUGAGGUUUCAGCUUAGCCCCUAUCCUUUUUGCUUUUUCUUUUUUCUCUUUUCUCCCAUUUUUCUUUUACCCUCUAGUGAUGGCUGUAGUUCCAUGCUUCUCCAGUGUUGAUCCUUGGAAAUGAAGUACUAAGUACUUUGAAUUAUUCUUCAAUACAAACGCCACAAGAUCUAGAGACCCAGAAAACAUCACCGUCUUCAGAUUUUGUGCAUGGGCCUCGCAAAAAUACUUUUAUUAUUAUUUAUUUUUCUUCAACAACUAAAUUAGUAUCUAUUGUAUUAGUAAUCUUAAAAUAAGUUCAUUCUGUUAGGAACAAAAAUUAAAUUUAAAUAAAAAAAAUGUUAGGUAUGCUUUUGGUUUUAGCCAGGAACCAAAAAGUGUACUUCAAA